GGCUGCGUUCAGUCACUAGCAGGAAAAGACACGCUAACUGGACUUUUGUCAGCGUUUUCUCCCUGGCAGGCUCACUCAGCGCUGCAGAGCGGAGAUGGAGUGGUCGCUGGAGAGUGUGAGGGAGAUGGUGGCUGGUGGGAUGCAGUCCAUCAGGGAGUGUGAGGUCUGUGCUUUUGCCAUCAGUGUGUGUGUGCUGCUGUUGUUUAUGUGGUACUGUUACAGGGUGGGUCGAGAGCACGGCUCCAGCCCUUUGCGCAGCCGCUAUCUGACCGGAUCCGGGAGAAUUGGAGGGGUGGUUGGGGGCUUCAUGAGUUCAGACUGCCGAGGUAAAGGAAAAGGGAAGCACGGAUUAAUGCUGGAAGACCAGAAUGGCUUUGCAUUCUGCCAGUCAUCAGAAUGUUUCCGCUGCACCAGUGCCGGCGAGAGUCUGAACCAGAGGCUCUACCACAGCCUGCAGGAUUACGCCAAACGCUAUACCUGGUCAGGCAUGGGCAGGGUGCACAAAGGGGUCCGUGACCAAGGCCGACACCUCAGCAGCCGGCCCACCAUCCAGCGGCCAGAGGUCUUCUUCCUCCCUGACCUCCCCUCAGCUCCUUUCUUCUCCAGGGAAGUCCAGAGACACGAUGUGGAGUUGCUGGAGCAGAGCUUCCCCACCCUUCUGGCUGAGUUUGAGAGCAUCUACCACCAGCCUCCUGUACGGAGUGGCUCCUCCCUCCCACCAGGGUGGAAAGUUAACAGCACUCCCUGCGGCCAGUGGUGGACCUACUACCUGGUCAACCAAGGCACCCCUCUGGUGCUGAAUGUCCGGAGGUGUCCACGGGCCUGGAGGGUGCUUGGCCAGCUGCGCACCUUUAUCGCCAACAAUGUUUUCGGGAAUGCCUGCUUCUCUGUGCUGACACCUGGAGCUCUAAUCACAGAGCAUUACGGUCCAACCAACGUGAGGCUGCGCUGCCACUUAGGUCUCAGAGUGCCCCCUUCCUGUGAGCUGGUGGUUGGAGGAGAACCGCAGUGCUGGUCUGAGGGCAGCUGUUUGCUGUUUGACGACUCCUUCCUCCACAGGGCCUUCCACGAGGGCGGUGCAGAGGACGGCCCCAGGGUGGUCUUCAUGGUGGAUCUGUGGCACCCCAAUGUGGCCGCUGCUGAGAGACAAGCGCUGGACUACAUUUUUACGCCUGGCCGCUUAGAGGACAAGGAGGGGAAAUAAGUGUGAGUGAGAGUCGAGGCGGGUGGUGUUUGUUUGUGGGAUCCAGGAGCAGCGGCGUUUCUGCCACCGGACCAGCUCUCGUCUUCACUGUGUACAUAUCCUCCACGUCAUCAUGACUCUGAACAGCUGAGCUAACAUUGGGCCUCUUUUAUCAACCUGCUGCUCUGACGUCUGUGUGUGACAUGUGGCCACGUUUAUAACAGCCCACUUUAAACAAAUGGCUUUAUGCUUCCUCAUAUCAUAGUUUAGAAACUAUAACUUCUAAAUUAUUGAAAAUUCAAUGCAUUUUUCUACUACAUUGGGAAGUCUUGACACUUAAUAAUAAUAAUAAUAUCCGUUUAUAUACAUAGGGCUUCCCAGGAAUGACAAAAGAAACUCCAGUAAUAAAAGUACAACACAACAAUGCAAAAAAAAAAAAAAA